GUGCCAGUUUUGCACAUUUCUCCAAAAGUUAACUCCUUCUUACAGAGCCUCCAAACCAAGUACGUCUGUAUUCAUUUAAUGUGUUUUCUCUCAAUUUUAAACCUCGUUUAUGUUGGACCCCAGCUUUCCUACAGUCUGAGACUGCAGAUUUCAUACAGAAACCAGAUGUUCCCGGGUUUGGCAGUGGCGCUAUAUAAUUGCUUUGGUGACUUUAAUCUGUCGUGGAGCAGAGCCUGCUAAUGAGAUGGGAUGGAAUGAGUGUCAUGAACUAAAGGGAAAACCCCUCACAUACUGCAGGAGAAACAUCAAGACUGCAGAGUGUUGGGUUACGGAGAAUAAAUCGUCAGGACCUCAGGGUCAUAACUGUUCCCUGUCAUUAUGUUCACUCAAUGAAUGGAAACAAUCCGGUUGGAAAACAUCCGGAAAACCUUUGCAUGGAUGAUCAGUAUUAUGAAAUCCUCCCAGGAUGCUGUGUGGCGCUUUCUGAUCUCAGAUCCUGAGGGAGAGGAAAAUAAAGAUAAAUGGGAAAAGAGUGGUAAAUAAAAUCAGAGGGAAAUAUGUUCAGUCGGACACAAUGAAGAGAAUUCAUAUAAAAGAUGUUCUGUGCACCCUGCUCAUGCUGGGGCUACUCUGUCUGAUGUUGUAUGCCCAUCAAGGCUUCACUUCCAUCUGGGACACCUGGCAGUUAGAGCAGGGCUGUACAAGCUCCCGCGCUCUUUUAGGGCCCCCACCAGAGAGCCAUGUAACUAAACGGGUCCCUUCUACGCCCCCAGACAAGACAAAGUGCCAGUCUCCGCAUCAGUCCCAUUCUAAGUCUCAGACAUACCCCAAGUCUAAACUUCAGUCUAAAUCCAAACCUCAGACCAAGAACAAAUCUAAGUCAAAGAAAGAUGAGGGGACAAAGGCUGUUCCGGUUUUACCCACACGACCACCUUUUGACUUUGAGGGUUACCUGAGGGAUAAGGACAACCGGGACUUCAGACUGCUGAUGGACCAGCUAGGGAAGUGCUCAGGCGAGCCCUACAUGCUCAUUGCUAUCAAGUCAGUAGUGGCAGACUUUGAAAGGAGACAGGUAGUGCGGCGCACCUGGGGAAGAGAGGGUGUUCUCCAGGAUGGGCAGACAGUAAAGACUGUAUUCCUCCUUGGGGUGCCCAGGAACAAGACCGCCCUGCCUUUCUGGGACCGGCUCCUUGCCUACGAGAGCCACACCUUUGGGGACAUUCUCCUCUGGGACUUUGAUGACACAUUUUUCAACUUGACACUUAAAGAGACCCACUUCCUCCAGUGGGUGAAUGACAGCUGCUCCAAUGUCCAGUUCAUCUUCAAAGGUGACGCUGAUGUCUAUGUGAAUAUUGAGAACAUUGUGGAGAUGGUGAAGGGUCAGAAGCCUGAUAAGGACCUCUUUGUGGGUGAUAUAAUCCACCAUGCCUGCCCCAUCCGCUGGCGCAGCAGCAAGUACUUUGUGCCUGAGUUUGUGUACGGCCAGACGAUGUAUCCGUCAUAUGCAGGAGGGGGAGGCUUUGUGAUGUCUGGUCACACCGCCAGGCGGCUGAGUGAAGCGUGUCAGCAGGUAGAACUAUUCCCUAUCGACGAUGUGUUCUUAGGCAUGUGCUUACAGAGAAUGGGAGUGAAACCGUCACACCAUGAGGGUUUUCGUACGUUUGGCAUUGUGCGCCCCUCUGCUGCUCCCCACCUCCAGGUGUUUGACCCUUGUUUCUGCAGGGAGCUGAUGGUGGUACACAGCCUGACAGUGCCACAGAUCUGGCUCAUGUGGAACCUGCUGCAUGACCCCCAACUGAGCUGUCACAGUAACCCGACCCCCACCCUGUGGCCCUUCAAGUGGAGGGGCAAGGUACUCAGGACAACAGGACAAAAGGACUCAGAGACUACAGUGGAACAGGACUAUGAUGUUACAGUGUUUGUAAAGCAUUGAGAGGUUUGGUUUAAGUUGAUCAGAGGGACUACACUGUGAAAGCCAUUGGGAUAUGGAAGCUGUGAUUGAAUGUUUGCUAGUUAUUUUGAGGUUUUUGCUUAAAAGUUUACAGCCAUUUUAAAUGUACUCCUUGUCUAAGAAAAAAAACAUGUUAUCUUGUUCAUUAACAUCCUGGAUGUAAAACCAGUCUGUAUACUGGUGGUAAUGUUUAAAAUAUCCCUGCUCCAUUUAGGUACAGUAUGACUGAAUUCAUUUUUGUAUUUUAUUGCACAGAGCCUCAAUAAGGUCAAUAUUGACUGAAGCAUGUGCCAGGUUGAUUUUGUGAAAUUGAAUGUACAUUACAGUGUUGUCAAUUAUGAAUUGUUGUGUGUGAUAACACAUCAUAUUACACAUGUACAUAAACUUGAAAGGGAAGUUAGGGGAGGCAAAGCUCAAUGCAUCAACUGUAUAGGACACAUCACUGCACUUUAUACUCCUCUGUAAAUUGGUCAUCUCUGUACACCUGUCGCAAGACCCACUGGUUGAUGCUUAUUUAUAAAACCCUCUUAGGCCUAACUCCCCCCUCCACAUACAACACCCGUUCUGCCAGUCACAUUCUGUUAAAGGUCCCCAAAGCAAAUACAUCCCUGGUUCGCUCCUCUUUUCAGUUCGCUGCAGCUAGCGACAGGAAUGAGCUGCAACAAACACUCAAACUGGACAGUUUUAUCUCAAUCUCGUCAUUCAACGACUCAAUCAUGGACACCCUUACUGACAGUUGUGGCUGCUUUACGUGAUAUAUUCUUGUCUCUACCUUCUUGCCCUUUGUGCUGUUAUCUGUAUCCAAUAAUGUUUGUACCAUGUUGUUAUGUUGUGUUGCUACCAUCCUGUGUGGUUAUGUGUUGCUGCCUUGCUAUGUUGUUGUCUUAGGUCUCUAUGUAGCGUUGUGUGUUUUGUCCUAUAUUUAUAUUGUAUUUUUUUAUAUUUUUUUAAAUACCAGGCCCCCGUCCCCGCUGGAGGCCUUUUGCCUUUUGGUAGGCCGUCAUUGUAAAUAAGAAUUUGUUCUUAACUGACUUGCCUAGUUAAAUAAAGGUUCAAUAAAAAAUAACUGUAGCUGUGGUAGGAAGUCCCCAAGGGACCUCGUUAUAUAGUUCCACACUCUGGGGGAACUUUCCUAGAAAUGUUCCAGCAGAGGUAUGAACACAAAGAAACAGUUCACACCUUGUUAUGUGCACAGAACCUCUUUUUUUUUAGUUCAUAAUUAGACACUGAAGACGACAAUCACCAAGCAACAAACCAAAGCUCAGAGUAAAGCCUGAACAUGAGUGGGUGGGUGGUGUGCUAUCAUUUACAAUACUUCUGAUAAUCAGACGUCAUACAUGGUGUUCCUUUUUAAACUUGUAUGUUCAGCUACACCUCCAACUGUAGUCCAAAUGCUUUCUUUACACGACAUGCUGUUGAUAUGAAAAUAGAAAGCAAUCUGUUAACACUGAAAUUGUCCCUGGUGGAAAAACUGCAUGUCCUGCUUUUUCUUGCUCUUAGUAAAUAAAUAAAACAAAACUUUUUGUG